AUGUCCGUCAAGCACUUCUCAAACGACCCUACGUCACUUGUGGCAGCGGCUCUCCGUUCGGCUACUUACACAAACCCAUCACUUGCUUUCGACGCCGCUCAAAAGAUUGUGUCCCUUCGCGAUGCUGCGUCUCAACCCACUGUAGCCCUCAUUUCUGGUGGAGGAUCCGGCCACGAGCCUUCCUUCGCAGGCUUCGUUGGCAAUGGCUUCUUGACAGCGGCCGUGGCUGGUUCUGUCUUUGCCUCUCCUUCUGCGGAGCAAGUAUUCCGAGCGAUUCGAAAGGUGGGAUCUGCGCAGCCAGAGCGAGGCAUCUUGGUCAUCAUUAUGAACUACACUGGUGACAUGCUGCACUUUGGUAUGGCUGUUGAAAAGGCUCGCGCUGAAGGUAUCAAGUGCGAGUUGCUUGUCGUAGGUGACGACGUUGGUGUUGGGCGAGCCCGUGGAGGGAGAAUUGGGCGAAGAGGCCUGGCUGGGACUGUACUGGUGCAAAAGAUUGCCGCGGCAUCUGCUGCCUCUGGGGCCACACUGGAGCAAGUAUACAAGAUUGCCAAUCUUGCAGCUCAAAACACGGCUACUGUUGGCGCAUCCCUGUCCCACGUCCAUGUUCCCGGGCGAGAAAUCGUCCCCGAUGAACUCGGCGAUGAAAUCGAAAUCGGCAUGGGCAUUCACAAUGAAGAAGGCUUUGGGCGAGUGAAGACAGAUUUACCUGGCCUCGUGUCCACUAUGCUGAAGCAGCUCCUUGACCAGUCUGACAAAGACAGGGCAUAUAUCAAUGUCCAACCUUCUGAUCAAGUAGUAGCACUUGUUAAUAAUUUGGGAGGUAUUAGUGCGCUCGAGCUCGGAGCUAUCACUACAGAGGUAGUCGACCAGCUUGCGUCCAAACAUUCCAUUCGACCUGUGCGUCUUCUCAGCGGCACGUACAUGACCAGCUUGAACGGAAUGGGUUUCAGCAUCACACUCCUCAAAGUCGUAGAUAAGUCCUUUGUGGAACUGAUUGAUGCACCGGCUGAUGCGGCAGGAUGGUCGCCUGCAGUUCAGACACAGAACUGGGGACGUGACAUCGACACUAGCAGGCAACCUGAUGAGCACGCUGAAGCUGGCCAGGAUGAUGCAAACAAUGUUUCUAGCAACCUUACCAUCAACUCCGAUUUUGCAGCUCAAAAGCUCAAGUCUGCCCUCAACAGCCUCAUUGCUGCUGAGCCCCAAAUCACAAAGUACGACACCAUAGUUGGCGACGGAGACUGCGGUCUUUGUCUCAAAACAGGCGCCGAAGCGGUUCUCAAGUUCAUUGAGUCGCAACCUGUACCGUCCGAUGUCGUCCGCCUGGUUCACAACAUUGCUCAAGUUGUUGAGAGCAGUAUGGAUGGUACCUCAGGCGCCCUGUACGCUAUUUUCAUUAACGCCUUUGCGUCUGGCCUGCAAUCCGCAUCCUCCAACUCUCAACAAGAAAUUACGCCGCAAAUCUGGGCUGCGGGUUUACAAGCUGCGCUUACAAGUCUGGCAAAGUACACUCCGGCUCAACCAGGUGAUAGAACUGUAGUGGAUGCUCUUGCGCCAUUCGUUGCCACAUUGGCACAGACACUUGAUCUGGGAAGCGCUGUCAAGGCAGCUGAGAAGGGUUGUGAAUCUACAAAGGGCAUGGAAGCAAGUUUGGGUCGAUCUGUGUAUGUCAGUGCCGAGGGAUGGAACUCCUGCCCUGACCCCGGAGCGUAUGGAUUGGUGAAGCUGUUGGAGGGAUUGAUUUAG